AUGUUUCGUUCUUUCACCGGAAAAACUAAUAAGAGAGGGUUCUUUCAAACUUUAAUGUGUGAGACUUGUUCAAUGGAAAGAAGCUCUGAGAAUAUAUCUUCCUCUUCAGUUGAGUACAUUGAAGAAAAAACCAGAAAAACAAGUCUCAAUCUCAAACGAACUGAGCUGAGGCUUGGCUUACCAGGUUCUCACUCUCCUGACAGAAAAGUCUGUCUUUUUGGCAAAGAUUUAGAGAGUAAUGAUACAAGUAAUGGUUUUGGUGUUACGACUUUGAAGAAGUUGGGGUUUGGAGCUAAAAGGGGUUUCUCAUAUGCCAUUGAUGGGCCUAAUGAGAAAUGGGUUUUCCCAUGUGAUGAGAAGAAUCUUGUUCCUCUUGCCAAUGACCAUUUUAGUGCUCCAUCUACAAAGGCUGAGUUGGUAGGAUGGCAACCAGUUGGAUCAUUCCGUGAGAAUAAAAAGGCCUCUAAUUUCGCAAAGAAGAGUGAUGAGACUAGUGGUGAUGGCGGUCGCCUGUAUGUGAAAGUGAGCAUAGAUGGAGCACCAUACUUGAGAAAUGUCGAUCUCAAAACCUACAAUAACCACGUGGAACUCUCUUCAGCUUUGGAGAGGAUAUUCAGCUGUUUUACAAUCGGGGAGUGCAGUGGGAAAGGGGUAGCAAUAGGAUGUGAAUCUGUGGUGACAUAUGAAGACAAGGACGGUGAUUGGAUGCUUGUCGGCGAUGUUCCGUGGCGGAUGUUUACCAAUUCAUGUUUGAGACUAAGGAUAAUGAAAGGUUCAGAGACUCUUGGAUUAGCUUCAAAGGGCCAUGCUGAAAUGCACACAACAUGAACAAGAAUCUUCAAAGUCCACAGCCGCAUAGAUGUAUGUUGCCUCUGAUGUAUUUAGUUAGAAUUCAUAUAGCUCUUACAAUAAUGAAAAACAUUUUAAAUUCCCAAAUAGACCCAAUCUAAAUGGAUUCGUAUUCAUAUUCAGCUCAUUGUCGCAAAUUGAAUAAAAUCACAUCAAAUGAUGGUUUUCAUAUUUAUUUUUAAAAUACAA